AUGUCACUUCCUCACAAGAAUGACUUCGGCGAUAGCAAGAGCAUCCAUCAUUGGCUUCUCGCGAAUGAAGGUUCUACCACCGGUAAGGGUUUGGCUCUUGAUCAGGUGCCCGACUCCGAUGGCCCAUCCCGAAUUCAUGACUGGCUUGAGAAGGAUACAUCUGGACCCGAGGCAAAGAGUCUUGUUAGCCGCUUGUGUGAAGAAUGCGUCAAAGGAGCUAAAGCAGCACUAAGAAGCAUCCAAACGCAAAACGCCAUACCCACAGUUGCGUAUCGCAGCCUGGAGAGAAGCGGUAGCUCAUUCAUAUUGUGGGUAGAUGGACACCGGGUCACGGAGGGCCAGCUGGACCACACCCUAGAAAAGUCCCGGAUGCUCCGCAAGUCAUUGCUGAAACUUUUGAUAAGCAUUGGCAGCACUUUGUCUGAUGUUCCUCCGUCGGUGACGCACCCGCGCACGCAAAUUCUUGAACACCUGACUUCCGAGGCUAGAGAAGCUUAUCAAAGCACGAGCGGAAGCUCCGAUAGCGAAGACAGCGACUUCGACGUGUCUUCAGUAUCUGGACCAACCGACUGGGGAGAGAUCGCAGACAACAUGCGGACAGAUGUUGAGUGUCUGAUGGAUUUGGAAUCGCUGAUUGAAUCCCCAUUCAUCGAUAAUCGGAAGGCGAACAGUUUCAAUGAAUCGACGAAGUACAUGAACCUAGACACGCGCUGCCAAUUUUACUCCGACAAAAUCGGCCAUCGAUUCCCCGAAGCUGAGCCAGACCUUGUCGACCGUCUUGCAACGGCUAGCUGGGAUCGCUUUCUGAGAAUUCGAGUGGAGAAAAAUAACAUCGUUACCGAAGAAAACCAUGCUAUGGCCUCAACAGCACUUGUUGUCGCUAAUAAAUCAGAGAAGGGAUCGAGCUUUUACGACUCCGGUCUUGGGACAUCGCUGGCUACCACUUCUGCAUACGCAGAGACAGUCAUGUCUUACAGACAGAACAAUGAUUGCUCAAUCAAAAUACCGCUGAUGCCAGAGGAAGGCAAGAGAGGAGAUCCUUUCGAGUGCGUAGCUUGCGGGCGCCGAGUCACCAUGGCAUCAAAUUCGGGCUGGAAGUAUGAGACAUUUGUACAAUGA